AUGCAAGAAAGUCUGGACACUGCCAGAGUACAAGCUGUUCUUUGCGACUUGUCCGACGAAUCGCAACGCCUCGACAUGUUCAUGUGGACUGGUGUCAUCUACUCCAUGGCCGUGGUGUUUGUUGUUCUACGAAUCGUCGGCAAGUUAGUAAAUAAGAGGCUAGCAAUGGACGACUAUAUCGUCGUCUUUGCUCUGGUGUUAUGCGCAGUACCCGCAGGAUGCACCUUGGCCAUGACGGAACGUGGCUUCGGCGAGCACUUGUGGAAUCUUGAAGACGGGGCACUGUCGCCAAUUCUCCGCUACUUCUACAUUUCUUGGUCGACAUAUAUCGCCGUGCUGGGCCUCAUCAAGCUUUCUCUCAUCGCCUUCUACCUCGAGAUCUUCCAAACGAAAAGCUUCCGCAUCACCGCUUACAUCUUCGGAGCUGGCAUCAUCAUCAACUCGACCGUUAUCGUCUUCCUGACAAUCUUCAUAUGCACUCCAGUUGAAUCCUUCUGGAACCGAGACAUCAAGGGGCAGUGUCUGGACAUACAAGCAGUACCGAUGGCAAACUCUAUCAGCGCUAUCGUGCAGGACAUCCUCCUGCUAAUCCUACCUUUGUUCUUCAUCCGCAACUUACAGAUGAGGCGCUAUAAGAAGGUCGCCGUUUGCUUCAUGUUCGCCAUCGGAACUUUCGGAUGCAUUGCGACUAUCAUCCGCCUAUUCGUCUUACUCACGUUUAAGAUCUCUGUGGACCCUACCUGGGACUACGUGAAGGUCACCGUCUGGACGGAGUUGGAACUUGCGGCAGGUUUUGCCUGCGUAUCGCUACCAUCCAUUCGGAUACUGGUGGUCAGGAUGCUGCCCAAGAACGUUAUUGAGUUCUUUACCGAGAUCACUCAGUCCUCGAAACAAAAGAACUCGGACCCAAAGAACGUGCACGCGCAUGCCGCCCCAGUGGAACAACCCGGGAAGAAAGAGUGGCGCAAGCCUGCGGGUUGGGAUUGGGUCUCGCUGGGUGCUGAAGAGAGUGAUUCUCCACUAGCCACCAGGAAGAGUAUGGCCAGUGGUCGAUGGCCUUGGGUUGCGACAUCACCCCUGACCUCACGCUUCUCGACACAUCCGCGCGGCGGUUCUCGCCUCCUCAGCUCAGCGAUGAGCAAUCAUAGCGAUACCGACACUCGGAUCCGGGCUUGGUCAGCAAAGGAGAAUGAAGCUCAGAAAAACGCUAUGGAGCUACGCGAGGUACCACAACAUGAGAUUAAAGUCGGAGACGUACGUGUGGACAUUGCAAACGAAGUCACGGCGUUACCCAAGAUUGGAUGUCUCCCCGAGCGAUCGUACUCUCAUGAGCAUGAACGUACAAGAGGGUCCAAGUGGUUAUUCAAGAAGCAGAAGCGGAGCCAACACGAGCCUGUAUGA